AUGCGUCAUGCCUACGAUAUCGACAGAAAUUCGAGACACAGUGGAGACUCAAUCAGCGAGCGUUCGCAUGGCAACAGCAGCACCAGAUCGCGCUCAACGCAACCUACAGAUUACUCUACUAGUCCGGCAAACAGAACGCCGCAAAUUCACCAGCACUGGUCGAAGGCCAGACAGGAGAACACACCGCAACGCUUCUUUGCUGAUAGGCCUCCUCAAGAAAGCCCUCGAGCAUCCGUAGAGUCCUAUACAUCCACAGUACAAAGCGAAGGCGAGGUCGACGACCGCCUACCAGAGUAUGAUCCACCUGUGUAUGAAGCACGGCUCGGCGAGCAUACUGUGCUCGCCGCGACUCCUGCAGACUUCGCCGAACUGUUUCCGUCACGAAGACGACUGACAGUGCAUCACGAUGACUCCACAUUGGAUGGCAACAUGAACCUUCGUAUUGACACCGAGGUCUGCUGUGGAGGCCGCAAAACCGACAUGACUCUCUUCCACCUGCGAAUGCAUGAUCUUCGCAACCGAGAGUUCUCCCUUCGACGCUACUGUCGAGACUCCGGUCGAGAGGUAUGUCACAGCGAAUGGAAACAACACAAGCACGCUGUGCCUGUACGACCUGGCUUUCAGCGUUCUUUGAGCAACAUCCUCAAUAAUAUGCGACCAAAGUCAGACUCACGAACGCCAACGUUGGAGAGCUUAAAGCGUCAUGAUUCCGGAUACGGCUCGAUGCAUUCGGUCAGCUUCGUCGAUGACGAGCGCCCACGCUCAGCUGGACACGGUGCGGCGGGCCAGCAUCCUCCAUCUGACGACACUAUCAGACUGGAAUUUUCGAACUACGCCCAUGUUGAUGUCAAGCGAACCGGGUUGAAAGGGAGUAAACGCUACGAGUUCGAAUACUGGGGCGUACCAUAUGCGUGGCGGCGCAUUGUGGAGAAGGAUUCAUCUUCGAAGAAAUCUUCCUACCAUCUCACGAGACACGGUAGCGAACAAAUCCUAGCGUACAUCGUUCCCGUUCCACUGUCGUCUACAAAAAAUGAUGAAGAGCGGUCCAAGGGCGGGUGGGUGCCCCCAUCGAAAAUGUGGCUCGCCGACGAAAGCCUCAUCCACGGACUUACGGAUGCCGUCGACGUCGUCGUUGCGUCUGGCUUGAUCGUCAUCGUUGACGAUGCGAUCAAGGCACGCUUCCACUCAAGGACGAACAAGCAGUUGCUGAUACCCAAAAUGCAAGUGGGCGUGGAGUACGUCGGACCAAAGCGUCUAAUCACCGAGAUGUUCAGGCGCGACUCGGAUUCGAGCCAGCAAAGCCGUCCAACGACAAGUCAUCGCCGUACCAACAGCGGUUACAGCACCACAAGCCCGAGGGUGCCGGCCGGUGCGUUUAGACAGCCCGGCCGUGAGCGGUGA